AAAUCCGACCGUUGCGCUCUCCUCGCCUUUUGCCCUUUUCCUUCCCACCGCGCCGCUCCCGCAGACCCUACCUAAGUUUUCCCCAAUUCAUUUGGCUCCAAUCCAUCCCCGAACAAGGCAAGAACACGGACAAGCCAAGAACAACAACUCCCCAGCGUCUCCGGCGAGCAUUUAACUCCAUCCAGGCUUUCGAGGUACAAGAAGAAAGGCUUCUGUUCGGCCAUGGCUUUCCCAGCUCCAGCUGCUGUAUUCCUUGAUGAGAACCUGCCAAUCCAUAGAGGCAAGAGGGCUGAUGGGCUGAACGCGAGGCCACUGAAACCAUCAGCAAAGCCAUCAGCAAGGAAGGCCCUGCGGGAUGUGUCCAACACCAGCAAGCCCCAAGCGCCUAGCAUUCAAAAAGGCCACCCCUUGAAGGACAGGUCCGUCCUGAAAGACAAGUCUGCUCUUCGCAGCCAAGAAGCCAUUAAGAAGAAUCCACUGAGCAAGACUACAAUCUAUGCUGAUGAAGCCACCAAAAAAUGUCAUGAAUGGGCCAAGGGUGGGGUGGAGGGCACCCACUUCACUGGGAAUGAUGCUCAGAGGUUGGACAGUGACAAGAUAGACAAACGUGUCAAGAAGAAAGUGGAGAAAAUAACGUCAGCAUUGCAUGACUGGUCAGAUGUGAUAUUUGAUCCUCUGCUGUUUCCAGCUAAGGCAGUUGCACCGUUUUAUGAAGAAGUAAAUGUGCUGGAACUGGAGCCUGAGAUUCUUCCAGACAUCAGUGGGCGUCUCUCGAUUUCAGGCGAUAAGGCAAAGCUGACUGAAGAUUCUUUUGAUGAAGUUGAGCUUGACUGCUGCUCAUUCCUGGAGGACAAGCCUGUUGAGUUUCAGCUGAGAGACGAGAUAAGUCGUUAUCCAUGGAGCCUGGAGUCAGUGAACUGAAGAGUCCCUCUGCCCACCUGAAAAACUUCAAACUCCACUGCUGUCACUGCCUUUGCAACACUGCUUGCUCAGGAGAAGUCGACUGUAGAAUUAGAAUGCUAGAUGCUGCUGUUCUUUUCUCUCGUCUGUUGUGAUGGAUGAACCUAACAUACUAUCGGGUUUCGGUGUUGCAGUGGAAGCAGCUUAGCUUCCUGUUUGUUUUGGCUGAGAUGCUUUUUUAGUCAGUGAUGCGUAAAUGGUCGCAUAAGAUCGCUCCUCUAUUGUGAA